AUGGCGCCGGAGAGCAUCCGCGACGGGCGUUUCUCCUGCGGCAGCGACCUCUGGGCGUUGGGCGCCGUCGCGUCGGAGCUCUUCACCGGGAGGCCGCCGUGGUCGCACCUGGAGGCCCACCAGCUGCCGGCGCUGCUCUACCGCAUCGCCAACCACCCCGAGGAGCACCCCGUCAUCCCCGCCCACGCCAGUGCGGCAGCGCAGGACUUCAUGGCCCGCUGCUUCCGGCCAGAGCCGGGGGACCGCGGCACGGCGGCCAGCCUCCUGCGGCACCCCUUCCUGACACUUGAGCGGCGGGGGCGGCAAACGGCCGGCGAGUAA